CCCUCCCCCCCAAAAUCCCCCCUAAAAAAACCCCAAAAUCCCUCAAAUUUCCCCCAAAAUCCCCGCCGGGGACCCCCCCUCAACCCCCCCCCGGCCAUGCUGAAACCGCUGGCGGCCCCGCCCGCCCCUCCCCCACCCCGCAAGGCCCCGGCCUCGCCCCCUCCCCCCGGCGGGGGUGGGGGAGGGGCGGGGGAGGGGGCAGGGCCGGCGGGGGGUGGGGGAGGGGCGGGGGGAGGGGGCGGCAGGCCCCACCCCACGGGAAAAGCCCCGGCUUUCGAGGGCGUUUACGGCAACUGCCGGAUGCUGCACGUGCUGACGGCCGGCGUGGGCUCCACGGCCGAGGUUCGGGUUCGCAGCGGCUGCACCUUCGAGGGGAUCUUCCGCACCCUCAGUGCCAAGUUUGAGCUGGCUCUGGACGCCGUUCACCGCCGCCCCUCCCCCGCCCCCGCGCCCCUCCCCCCCCGGCGCGAGGAGAUCGUGGACACCAUGGUGUUCCGCCCGCCCGACGUCGUCCUGCUCCGCGUCAGGAACGUCGACUUGGCCUUCAGUUCCAAAGAGCGCUUCACGGACGCGGCGAUCGCCGGGCGGCUGCGGCUGAACGGGAAUUCCGGGAGAAGGUUCUGGAACGUUGGGAGGGCGGCGACGGCGGCGGCGGCGACGACUGCGAGCUGGAGGCGGAUCUGGUACCCCGGAAUUUAACCAAAAUCACCCAAAAUUCACCCCAAAUCAACCAAA